AUGCCCCGCUACGUCUAUGAAGGAGACGAGGCGGUUGUGAGGCGCUCUGGGGAAAGCAAUGACAUGGCAGGGAAAGUGACGAACUACGAGGACGGGUCUCUGCUAGCCCCUUCCUACGGCCCCUCAAGCUACACCAUUUCAAACGCAAGGCCCAGGGUCGGUGGCUUCUCUUCCUGUGAGGUCCACGAGCUGUCCUUCUGUACACUCAGGACAGGGAAAACGAGAUCUGUGUGGCUCACUGUCCAAGAGCUGUUUCCAGCACCCACGCUGACCGUCAGGCCUUUGCAGCCCACCGAGGGGACCUCAGUGACCCUGUCCUGUGACACCCAGCUCCCCUGGGACAGGUCCGGGACGCAGCUUUGCUACUCCUUCUUCAGGGAUGACCACACCCUGAGAUGAGACAGGAGCUCAUCAGAGUUUCGGAUCUCGGCCACAGGGAAGGAGGACUCGGGAUACUACUGGUGUGAGGUGGCGACCGUGUCCCACAGCGUCUCCAAGCAGAGUCAUCGGCCCCACGUGCUUGCGCAGGGCGUCCCGGUGUCGGCAGUGCUCCUGGAGACCCAGCCCCAGGGGGGACAGGUGCUUGCAGGGGAGCGUCUGGUCCUCGUCUGCUCCGUGGCUGAAGGCACAGGGGACACCACGUUCUUCUGGCACAGAGAGGACACGGGGGAGAGUGUGGGGAGCAAGCGCCAGCGUUCCCGGAGAGCAGAGCUGGAGAUCCCUGCCGUCGGGGAGAGCCAUGCGGGUGGCUACUACUGCGUGGCGGACAAUGGCCACGGCCUGGCCCGCAGCGGGGCCCUGAACGUCACCAUCACAGUCCCAGCGUCCCGCCCCGUCCUCACCCUCAGGACUCCCGGGACCCGGGCCGUGGUGGGGGACGUGGUGGAGCUUCGCUGCGAGGCCCAGAGCAGCUCUCCCCUGAUCCAGUACCGGUUUUAUCACGAGGAUGUCACCCUGGGGAGCAGCUCGGCCCCCUCUGGAGGAGGAGCGUCCUUCAACCUCUCUCUGACCCCAGAACAUUCUGGAAACUACUCCUGUGAAGCCAACAAUGGCCUGGGGGCCCAGGGCAGCGAGGCGGUACCACUCAGCAUCACAGAGCCCCCAUCCAAAAUCCACUUGACAAAUGGUCCCCACCGCUGCAAAGGGCGGGUGGUGAUGGAACAGGACGGUAGCUGGGGCACCGUGUGUGAUGACGGCUGGGACGUGAAGGAUGUGGCCGUGGUGUGGCGGGAGCUGGUCUGCGGAGUAGCCAAGCACACCCCUGCAGGCCUGCUGUACCUGCCGUUGGCAGAGGAAGACCAGUCCGUGUUUCUUCAAGUGGCCCUUGCAACGGGACCGAGGAUGCUGGCUGAAUGUGAGCAGGUUGAGACCUUUGACUGUGAUCACAGUGAGGAUGCAGGUGCAGUGUGUGAAGGUAGGUGA